CAGUGCGCGGUAAACAGCAUCAUGGCGGAAAAGGUGAGAGACUGUAGCGGUUUUGUGGAUAAAAUGUCCUCAUUCGGCCGGAAAUGUGAUAAAGAAGCGUCCCAGCGGAUGUGUGAUGGGUUUGGACUAAGGACAGGAGGGAACAGAUACGAUAUAUCGUCCAAUGAAACGCAGCCGGUGAAGCCACCGCCAAAACGCCGGCGGAUCCUGGACCCGUCUGCCAUCGUCCCAGUGCCCGUUUACUCCAAUAAGGUCAACACCAGUCUGCAGCUCAGAGCGCCUGCCCUCGCCGACGCCCACAACACAGAUGACGCCGCAGAGGACGGUUUGUGGACGCGGUUUUCAUCGGGACAGACGCCAGCGUCGACCGCCGCCUUCAUCGACUCGGACGACGAAGCGGAACGAAAGGAGGAGGAGCCAACAGCAGACGGCAAAAGAGACACCGUCCGCAGCCCCUCCCCUCCCCCACCACAGAGCCCCGCCCACAGACCGUCCAGAAAGGCCACUAGGAAGAUCAGUGAGAUCAACAGGAGGCUCCAGGUCGUGAACUCGCUUCUGUCCCCGGAGCAUCAGGACCGGAGGCCGAGCCGCCGCCGAGGUCAACCCGGCAGACAGGAUGCCACCAACACCAACAAUGCCGACGUGGUCAUCGUCGACAGCGAUGACGACGUGAUCGCAGUGACCCCUGACGUGACCCCCGACAGUCCGCCGUACACGCCCUCGGUCCGGGAGAUCCCACUGAAGGUCCGAUGCAGAACUGACGUCCACAAGAUCCACGUCCUGUCGUCCACGCUGCUCAGCACCGUCUUGGCCCAGCUGUCCGUCAAACUCAAGGUCCCACCCAAUCGCCUCCUGCUGAUGAGGGAAGAGGUGGAGCUUCCAAUUGACUCCACCGUCGGCGAGCUGGGCCUUGGCAUCGCUGACAUCAUAGAGUGCGUCGUCAUGGCAGCAGAGGUUGAAGAUGCCACCGACGGCAGCGUCAUCACCGUCCGCCUGCAGACCAAAGACAGAGACUCGGUCCAGGAAUUUUCUCUGCACAGAGAGGCGGCGCUGGGCUCUGUCUUCUCCCAGUAUCUGUCAUCCAUGUCCGCCGGCGCCCGCGGGAACGUCCGCUUCCACUUCGACGGCGGCAAAGUGAUGGCCAAUCAGACGCCGGCGCAGCUGGACAUGGAGGACGGUGACAUCAUCGAAGUCUGGACUUAAGAUCAGGGACAUUUCACAUCCCCAACCUGAUGACGCCACUUCAUACAAACUCAACAAAAGCAGAAAAAAAACAGCAGAGGUUUUCUAUUUUCAC